AUGGGUGAAUCCAGACAAGAAUUGCUGGCUUGGUUGAACAACCUGCUGCAGCUCAACAUUACCAAGAUCGAGCAGUGUGGAACCGGUGCUGCGCUAUGCCAGAUCUUCGACUCGAUAUUUAUGGACGUGCCCAUGUCUCGGGUUAAGUUCAACGUCAACACCGAAUACGCCUACCUUCAAAACUUCAAGGUUCUGCAAAGUACGUUCCCCGCCAUCGGGCCGCGUAACGGUCGACCCCAUGACAAAACAUUGUUAACAUAUUCACUCGCUCAUCCAGACAUUUUCACCCGCCACACGGUCGAAAAGCCCAUUCCGGUUCAAUCUCUCACCAAGUGCCGCAUGCAGGAUAACCUGGAGUUCCUCCAAUGGACCAAGCGAUACUGGGACCAGCACUACCCCGGUGGUGAUUAUGAUGCCGUCGGCCGUCGCAAGGCUUCUGGUGCUCCCGGUGGUGCCCCCAUUGCCGCCGCGCGUGCCCCCUCAGCUGGCUCACGCCGCGGAGUUACCCCGACCUCUGCCGCCGUGCGUGGUCCCCGCGUUGCCAGCGCCGGUGCCGGUGCCGCUACCGCUGCACUGCAGCAGGAACUCGCGACGCAGAAGGAAGCUAUUGGUGGCCUCGAGAAGGAAAGGGACUUUUACUUUGCCAAGCUGCGGGAUAUUGAGCUGCUGCUCCAGAACGCCAUUGAGGCUGACCCGGAGCUGGAGAAGGAGGAGGAUACGUUGGUGAAACACAUCCAGGGCAUUCUGUAUUCGACCGAGGUAAGUUGA